AUGUCUACAAGCACGUCGCACUCAGCGGCGUCGACAUCAGCACCGCCGGCCACCUCGGUCACAACACACUCCACGUCAGGUUCCAACGCACCCUCUUCACCCGAAAAGAGCCACGAGGACGAUCAGGACAAACCCAAGCGCACACAGACCUGCUUUCGAUGCCGUCAGAGCAAGGUGAAAUGCGUGUUUGAGGACAACGCUGCAAGCUGUCGGAGGUGUCUUCGUCUCGGCGUGAGUUGCGAGCUGCAGGGCAAGAAGGAGCCGCUCAGUUGGCAGAUGAGGGUUCAACAUCAGCUGGCUGCUCUCGAAGGUUCGUUGCAGACUUUCCUAGAAAAGCAGAUGGGAGACGGUGCUUCGGCCUUGGAUGGUCACGGGAGCAGGAGGAGCGGCCUGCCUAGGUCGCGUGAAUCGCUCGGGGCGGCGAGGACCGAUCACGAUGGUGGAUCGAAGAAGCGAAGACGCACGACCAUCGCCAACGAUCAGAGGACCUCGAACGACGGCCCGAGCGUUGAAUACGCUAGCCAUGCUCAUACAGCGGGGAGCCCCAUUUACGCCGAUGUCAACAGCAACCCUGCCUCGAGCUAUCCGUCCACCACGCACUUUUCGCCGCGCGACGCCCAGCACCAGUCCCACCAUCAAGCGCAUACAGACAGCAGCAGCACCGGACUGCUCGGAUCGCUCGUUGCUUCGACCAGCAGCGCAGGAUACGGCGCAUCGCCUAGAACGAGGAUGAGCGUCGUUGACGCCGCGAGUUCCGCUGGUGGUCACAUGAUUUCAAAUGCUAGCGCGUCGCUGCAGGAAGACCACGCUUUGCCGGAUGACGAUGGCGUUGCGGCCAACGGCGAGCGUGGCGCCUUCCAUACCGACGACGAGAACGACCAGGCGUCACGACCCUUGUCGGCGAUCCAAAAGCUGAGGAUGAGCGUGCUGGAUCGCAAGAAGGAGGUUUCGCGCGCCGGCGAACGCGUCUUCCCCAACCUCUACCGCAUGGCUACGUCCGAUGUGGGGAGCAAAGAUCCCAGACCCAACGUGAUCAAACAGGAACUCGUUUCCCCCUCGGACGCCGUGGUGCUCUUCCGCUUCUUUGCAGAGUACCUCGACCAGUACAGCUUCGGCUUCCCCACGUAUCGACCCGACGCCAUCAUGUCGCCCAUGAUCCUCACCUCGGUCGUCUGCGUCGCUUCGCUCCACCAUGCCCAACUCAACCGGCUCCACGCACCGCUCAAGAACGACCUCAUCGCACGGCUUCAGACCGACGACCCUAGCUUUCCGUGCUCGGACGUGUACGAGACGCUCUUCUCGUCCUCGGCCUAUCGGUCCUCGCAUCUCCAGUCCAAUCUGCAUUUCGAGAAGGAGCUCGAUCCGGAACUCGGUAUCGGCGUGGAGGAGAUCGUCGGUGCGAGUCUCUUCGCCUCGUGGUUCGGCGGGAAACGCGCAUGGAUGGCGUCGCGUCUGGCUCGAUGGUGGUCCGCCAAGUUCCUGCGUCAACAGCAGCAUCCGGCGAUGAUGACCAUGGGUGAGAUCAUGAGCAUCCUCCCACCGCCGAGGGAUCUGGGCAAGCAGGAUCUUCUGCGCGUCUGGUUGAGCGCCUACAUCACAGAGAUCCACCAGGCGUGCAUGGAGGGGACACCGUCGAUCGCGGGCAUGUCGUCGCCGCAUGCGGUAUGCGAUUCGUUGCAGUACUCCAAGGGUCUUUCGCAGAGGACGACGUUGAGAGAUCGCGUGUUGAUCAUCCAUUCGAGGAUCGCGUGGAUCUUGAGCAAGGCGUACCAUGUAGCGGGGAGUGGGUCGGUGGAUUGGGGCAAGGGGGAUAGGGCGACUGCGGGGUCGAACGAGAGCCCGUCGAGGGGGUGUCAAUCGUGUCGCGACGGAUCGACGGUGGUGGGGGAUGCUGCAGCGGCGCAGACUGGUAGGAUGGGUGCAGCGAUGGAUGCAGCGUAUUGUUUGCAGGCGGUGCUGGGAGCGUUUGAAGAGCUGGACUCGUGCCAGGAAGAGAUGGCGGGCAGGUUGGAAGCCGAUGCGAUCGGAGAGUCGGAGAGCAUGCUCUACCUGGAUCUCUUCCUAGCCAGAGUGCUGAUCGCCUCCAUCGGAUGCGACUUUUUGGACUCUACGCUGUGGGACGGAAGUCUCGGUCAGAUCUCCACCUCGUCGCGAGGAGGCAAAGAAAAGACAUCCUCAGAAGCGGACUUGCAAUCGCUCCGAAGCAGGACGCUCCGCGAAUGCCUCACCAGAGGCGUCGAAGGAGCCCUACGCUCGCUCGAGCUCAUCUGCAUCCCCACCAUCAACGGCAGCGCUCACGUCGACGGCAGUGCCAACGGUAGGAACUGGAACGAGGUCUCGCUCAACGUGCUCGUCUUGCCACUGUGGUUCCACUGGGCGUUGACGAGAUCGGUGCUGUUCUUGAUGAACGUGCUCGCCGAGUACCCGGAACGACUCUUGCCGAGGGACCGGACGAGGAGCGUUGAGUUGAUCAAUGUGUUUUUGGAUGUUUACUCGAAGCACAUCGGGCAUGCGAAUAUGGUUCUCAGCCACGGAUCGGAUCGUCGUGCUGGCGGUGGUCUCAACGGUGGCAGUGGAGGCGCGGGCUGGUCUCCGACUGACGACCUUUCGAUGAGAGGCACAGACAGUCGAGAUCACAGGCAUGGUACUGCGAGCAAUGGAGGUGGAAUCGCCGAUCAGAACGGCGCAGCUGCAGGUGCGAACGGCGGCAGCACGACUUGGCAGCACCAGCAGCAACAAGGCUCGCAGGAUGCGAUCCAACACCCCGCCACGCCGCUGCUGGAUACGCUCAGCCAGUGUCAGACGUGGGCGCGGCACGGUGGUGUCAUGUGA